UAAAAAAAAAAAAAAGAAACAAAAACCACAUUCUGAUCUAAGCACUAUUCUAUGCAAUGUAAUUAAAAAGAAAAAAAACCCAUUUCAAACAUGCUGUCAGUGGGGCAUGACUUUACACAUAGUCCUUCAUUCUGAUGACUCUCACUACUCUGUCCGCCAGCAAGACUCCACUUCAUCCCUCACCUCUCAGCUCUGUGGUUUCUUCCUUGGCAAACCAAGCAUGGUUUGGUGGUUAGCAGCCCAGGCCUGGAUCCAAAUCCCGGCUCCCCUACUUGCUACUCUGCAUUUUGGGCAACAGAAUUUACCUCUCUGGGCCUGUUUCUUCAUCUUCAAGAGAACUAUAAUCAUAUCUGCUCCCCGGUAUUCUUUCUUGUGUGGAUUCAUGAGCCCUUGCACGUGAAGGGCCAAAUACAGGAUCUGGCUGUCAUCAGCACCUGAUGAAUGGAAGUCGUUUCAGCUGGCACAGUGAUGGUCACUGAGCAAGCUGUGUACCGGGAGACAUCUCAGAUGCCCCUUCUCACACUGCAGGGCAUCUGGGCCCUUGCCCCAGCACAUGGAGGAACUGUGGUACAGACCUCCAUGAGCCGGUCUCAGGUAGCCCUGCUGGGCCUGGGCCUGCUGCUCAUGCUGCUACUGUACGUGGGGCUGCCAGGCCCCCCUGAGCAGACCUCCUGGCUCUGGGGAGGCCCCAAUGUCACAAUCCUGGCUGGUCUCACCCCUGGCAACUCCCCCAUCUUUUACCGCGAGGUGCUCCCACUCCACCGGGCACGCAGGGUGGAGGUGGUGCUGCUCCAUGGAAAGGCCUUUAACUCCCACACGUGGGAGCAGCUGGGCACACUGCAGCUGCUGGCGCAGAGGGGCUACCGGGCCGUGGCCCUUGACCUCCCAGGUUUUGGGAACUCAGCACCUUCCAAGGAGGCAAGCACAGAGGCAGGGCGGGCAGAGCUGCUGGAGCGAGCGCUUCGAGACCUCGAGGUGCGGAAUGCCGUGUUGGUGAGCCCUUCUCUGAGUGGCCGCUAUGCCCUGCCCUUUUUGAUCCAAAGCCACCACCAGCUUCGUGGAUUCGUGCCCAUCGCACCUGCCUCCACCCAGAACUACACCCAGGAACAAUUCUGGGCCGUAAAGACCCCGACUCUCAUCCUAUAUGGGGAGCUGGACCGCAUCCUGGCUCGGGAGUCACUGCGGCAGCUCCGCCACCUACCCAACCACUCCGUGGUGAAGCUGCGUGAUGCAGGCCAUGCCUGCUACGUCCACAAGCCUCAAGACUUCCACCUUGUCCUCCUUGCCUUCCUUGACCACCUGCCUUGAGGUCACCUACUGGCCAGGCCCGAGGCCUGGCCUGAGCUUGGAUUGUCUGGACCAGUGCCUCACCAGGAAGGCAGCCCCUGGGAUUAGAGGAUGGAGGCCAGAGGGCCAGGCCCCUCAGGACCUCUCAUUUCAUCUCACAGGCACAAUAAAAAAGAGCGUUUUGUCAUGCCCA